GGACCAUCGAUCAAGAGGCAGUAGUUGCUGUGUAGCCUAUUACAUUGAUGCUAACUAGUUAAUUCAACCCACUAUACACAAUCACGAUCAACAGACGGCGUUGCUUUGUUUAUUAGUAUAUAAAACGUGGGUGUAAAGGUUAGGGUUAGUGGUAGCUAAUGAAUGGGAACUUCAUAGCCUCUUUGUCAGUGAGACUUUUGUUAUGAUACAUUUUAAUCUUGAAUGGAGGUGUUCCCAUAUACAUUAAAAUACUCAUCACUUAAUUCAGCUUUCUGUUUUUGAUUCACUAUUAAAUAUCAACAAUCUUCAUAGUGUGUGCUUGACGUGCUUUUGUUUUGAAACUGUAACCCGGACGUGGUUUCGUCAUCCCGUUCUCUUCGCUCUGAUUCGCUGUGUCCUCGCUGGUGCUGAUGUGGUGUUCUGAAAUUAACACGACCUGCUCGACCGAUUCAGACCGAUUGUUUGGUUUAAUAGCAGCUUCGCUUCGGUACAAUAAUGCCUUACUUUCAGACCUGGGAGGAGUUCGCCCGCGCAGCAGAAAAGCUCUACCUGACAGACCCCAUGAAGGUCCGAGUGGUUCUCAAGUACAGACACUGCGACGGGAACCUGUGCAUUAAAGUGACAGACAAUGCCGUGUGUUUACAGUACAAGACGGACCAGGCCCAGGACGUGAAGAAGAUCGAGAAGCUUCACGGAAAACUGAUGAGACUCAUGGUUUCCAAGGAGACGCACAGCGGGUCCAUGGAGACGGACUAAAAUGCUCCAGAAGCACUGACCUUCUGGAGCACCUGGACUGAGUUCAGUGGAUACAGUGGUUGUGGAGAGAGCACAGUACCAUCUGAGUGCAAUGUGGAGUCUGAGAGAUGGGAAUGUGGUGAGGGUGAUCUGGCUGCCUACACUGAUUUAAUACUGUCAGAGAUGUCAUAUACUGUAUAUAUUUUAUUCUCUCAGUAUUUUUUUUUUAUUACGAUACCUUAAUCAUUAAAAAUCCAGUUAUCCUGCUUUUACUUCUCAGGCAUUGUGAUCACAUCUCUGAUGAUAUUACUGUAUGAAGUAAGGUCAGUGUAGGCCGCAGGGACAUUUUAGGAAAUGUAGAGGAAGGAAGAUGAUAGGUGUUUGGGGGUAAUGUGGGACUAAGUGUCCAAAAAGUACAAAUCCACUGCUGCAGUGUAAGCAGCUUUGGCACCUUUAUUUUCAGUUAUAAAGAGGGUGAGCAAUGAAGACAUUGCAUGUUUUUUUCUUUUUACAUCUAUGUAGCUGUGUUGGAUUCAGUUUCAGCACAGUGAUUGGUUUCUUUUUAUUUUCCUUCAUGGACUCGUGCCACAUGAAUGAAGCAGGACCUUCUGAUUUCCUAACGACAGUGUGGAGAACUCCCCCACCACACCUCCAAAUGCCAUUUUGUCGUCUGAGAAUCAUUGCGUUACAUGUUCAAUAAAUGUUUAUUUACCCCA